UCUACAACACCUUUUCCUCCGACAAUUUAGGUUCAGCCAGAGACUUUUGCCCCACAAUUUUUCUUCUCAUCUUUGAGGGGAAGAUGGUCCAGCCCAAGUCGUCCACCCCUCCUUCUGCGGUUCAGAUAAGAUUCCUUACAAGUCGCUCAAGGAAUUUUAUUUCCUCCCAAAAGAAGCUUAACAUCAUAUAAUGUUCGUGAAGCAGAGGGAAACCUGAGUUAAGAGUAGUGCUUUACCUUGUUGGGAUAACAAUUUCCCACAGAAAGCUUGCUCCUAACUCUUAUCCUCACUGAAGGAAAAAGCAGCUUUCUAACAUAAUCUAAAUAAUUUACCCAAACACCAUCUAACAUAAACAAGUAGCAUGGGUCUCCUUCAAGUAGCACUGGCCUUUUCCUAGUUCAUUUUAAAUCAUUAAAUUCGAAAUUUAGUUGGCUCAAGCGGUCUCCACUCUCAAUCACAGCGCAGAAAUGUAUCUUUAACAAGUUCAAUCUUUUCCAUGGAAAUAGAUCUUGAGGUGCCUUCAAAAGAACAGGAGAAGUUAAUUCCUGGAUCAAAUGAAACUGAUGAUGCCAGGGAUGCUGAAGAUGAAAUAGAUGUUGAAGAUAAUGAUGAAAAUCCUCCUACAACCAGUGAGCAUGCAGAGGAAGCCUGUGAACCAAAUUUGAUAGAAAGUUUUACUGGUUGUGAGGAUCAGGUGGAUGUGACUACUGUUGAAGCAGAUGUUUGCGAAGGCACCAUUUUAGAGCCUCAAAAUGGUUUGGAAUUUGAAUCGAAGGAAGCAGCAUAUUCUUUCUACAGAGAAUAUGCUCGGUCUGUGGGAUUUGGAAUCACAAUAAUUUCUAGUCGUCGUUCAAAAAGAUCUGGAAAAUUUAUUGAUGUAAAAGUUGCAUGUUCUAGAUUUGGAAGCAAGCGUGAAUCUAGCACAAUUUUAAAUCCACGAUCAUGUCCAAAGACUGGCUGCAAGGCACGCAUGCAUAUGAAGAGGAGGCAAGAUGAAAAAUGGAUAAUACAUAGUUUUGUAAAAGAGCAUAACCAUGAGAUUUGUCCUGAUGAUUUUUACUAUGCUAUCAGGGGGAGGAACAAACAGUCUGGUGCAGUGGCAUGCCAAAAGAAAGGCUUGCAGUUGGCUCUAGAUGAGAAAGAUGUAGAAUUGAUGCUCGACCAUUUCAUGUGUAUGCAGGAUGAGAAUCCAGAUUUCUUUUAUGCAAUAGAUUUGGAUAAUGAAAAAUCUGCAAGAAGUGUGUUCUGGGUUGAUGCAAAAGGCAGGCACAGUUACAGUCACUUUGGUGAUGUAGUUUUCUUCGAUACCUUUUUCAUUAGAAACAAAUAUAAGAUUCCUUACAUUCCUAUUAUUGGAGUAAAUCAUCACUUCCAGUACAUGUUGCUUGGAUGUGCCCUAAUUGGGGACCAUGCUAUGUCAGCUUUUGUUUGGUUAAUGCGUUCAUGGCUUAAAGCAAUGGGUGGGCAAGCUCCUAAAGUGAUAAUUACUGAUCAAGAGAAAGUUUUGAAUGAAGCUGUUGUUGAUGUGUUUUCUGACUCUCGCCAUUGUUUCUGUUUGUGGCAUGUACUAAGUAAGUUUUCUGAAAAUUUGGGUUGUAUUAUGAAUCAGAAUGAGAGCUUCAUGACAAAGUUUAACAAAUGCAUUUAUAGGUCUUGGACACAUGAACAAUUUGAAAAGAGAUGGUGUAGGAUGGUUGACAAGUUUGAGCUGAAGGAGCAUGAAUGGGUUCUUUCACUGUAUAACGAUCGGAAAAAGUGGGUCCCAACUUACAUGCGGGAUACAUUUUUAGCUGGAAUAUCUACAACUGAGCGAUCUAAAAGUUUUGCAUCUUUCUUUGACAAGUUCAUGCAUAAAGAAGCUACAUUCAAUGAGUUCAUUGAGCAGCUUAAAUCAUUCUCACUAGAAUUGUAUGAAGUGGAGGCCAAAGCUGAUUUUGAAACACAAAAUAAACAACCUGAAUUGAGAUCUCUCUCAGCUUUUGAGAAGCAAAUGUCCAUGAUCUAUACAGAUACAAUAUUUAAGAAAUUUCAGGUCGAGAUUUUGGGAGUGGUGUCUUGCCACCUUCAAAAGGAAAGUGAAGAUGAGGACACUGUAGUCUUUCGAGUUGAUGAUUUUGAAGAACGUCAGAAUUUCUUUGUAGCCUGGAACAAAAGAGAAUUUGAUAUAUGUUGCUUAUGCCGUUCAUUUGAAUACAGAGGUUUCCUCUGUAAGCAUGCCAUCCUUGUUCUUCAAAUGUCUGGUGUUUCUGACAUUCCAUCCCGCUAUAUAUUGAAGCGUUGGACAAAAGAGGCGAAAAUUAGGGAAAACCUAGGUGAAAUAUCAAACAGACUUCAUUUCCGAGUGCAACGAUUCAAUGAUCUAUGUAAGCGAGCCAUCAAACUGGGUGUACAAGGGUGUUUAUCUGAAGAAGCAUAUACUAUUGCAUUACAGGCAUUGGAAGAAGCCUUGAAACAUUGUGUGGGUGUGAACAACUCUGCCAAAAGUGUUUUUGAGCCCAACAUAUUAUCUGUUCAUGGUUUUCUUGAGAUUGAAGCUGAGAAUCGUUGGAAUACUACAGCAAAGUCAUCUAAGAAAAAGAAGAUGUACAAAAGGAGAAAGGUUCAUUCUGAGUUGGAAGAAGUAGCUACGGGGCAAGACAACUGCCAGCAGAUGAUAAGCUCAAGAGCACACACCCUUGAUGGCUGUUAUGUUCCUCAACAGGACAUGCAGGGGAUGGAUGUAGGCUCUAGAGCCCCAACUCUUGAUGGUUACUAUAGUUCUCAACAAAAUAUUCAAAGAAUGGGACAGCUUAACUCAAUGUCUCCAUUUCGUGAUGGUUAUUAUAGCAAUCAACAGAGCAUGCUAGGGCUGGGACAGCUACAUUCACUACCAGCCCGUGUUAAUCAGUAUGGGAACCGACAGGGCAUGCAGGGACUGGGUCAGCUUGGCUUUAGAGCACCAGCCAUGCAGGGUUUUGACAUUCCGGACAGUUUGCAAGACGAGGACCGGUCCAUGGACUCCACUCAUUUUCACAGCAUUGCAUCAAAGCAUCUCCAUGAUAAGCACCUAUCCUAAUAGCUGCAACGGUAGCAUUUCUGUACAUUUGUGUGAUGAAGUAGAUAUAAACAAUUGUCUACACAUCAUAAUAUUGGUAGGGUUAAAUAACAUAUUUAUCCCUUAGGUUUGCCUACAUUUACAAGUCAGGAAUACAUUUUUCUGGAAAUGACAACCCCUUCUAUAAGUUUUGGAACAAUCUGGACAGUUCAGUCCAAAUGUUAAUGGUAGUUGAAGAAUUUAGGGUAUUGGUAUUAGAUAAGGGAUACAGAUUGUUAAAAAUGUGCAAAUAAGCUUUUGUUUUAGUAGACCCGUUUGUAUUCCUAUUAGCAAAUCAGCGAGCCCAAUUGUUAAUAGAAAAUAUCUGUUGUCACGUUACCUUCUUCAGUUAUGGUGAUGUGUCAAAAGUUUAUCCA